AUGGCUGAGCCCCUGCUUGCCCUCCGCAUUAUCAAGACGAUCAUUGGUGUGAUUGGCCUGAUCGGCAACGCCACUGUAGCCACCGUUAUCUGCAAGGUAAAGUUCAUGCACACACUGACCAAUGCUUUCAUCUGCAACCAGGCCGUGGUGGACUUCCUCGGCUCUCUUUUCCUGAUCCUAACCAGCAACACCCCAGCCCCUGACCCCUUUCUGGACGCCUCAGACAACCGGAUAGCAUGCCACCUCUGGCUGUUCAAUCUAUUCCUCUGGGCCUGCUUCACUUCCUCCACCUUCAACCUGCUGUCGGUCUCCUGCGAGCGGUACGUAGCUGUCGUGUACCCGUUCAAAUAUGCCACUUUAUACUUCAAAAAGUCCGUAGCAGGUAUAAUGGUGGUCAUCUGGCUGUCGGGAUUCAUUCUUAACGGGGCCUAUGAGGCAGCAGAGAGCACCUAUAGAAAUGGUCGGUGUUUCUACUCAGACGGCUCCCCAGAGUUUGGAAUCGUUUUCAUCGUGGUCCAGUUCGUCAUCCCAGCGAUCAUCAUGUUGUUCGUUUACUCGCACAUGGCCGUAGAACUGAAGCGAAGCGCCAAUCGCAUCGGUGACAUCGCCCCAACAGUGUCGGCCAGCGUGAAUUCGACCCCGGCAGUCCCAGGUGGCGGCGCGAUUGCGGCCCACUCAGAAAACGCCGAGCAGUCGCUGCUUCGGGCCCGCCGCAACGUCUUCAAGACCCUCCUGCUCGUGUUUGUCACCUUCCUGGUGUGUUGGACCCCAAAUCAGGUCAUUUUCUUCAUGUUCAACUUUGGCUGGAAACUGGACUUCACCGGGGCCAUUUACAUCAUUUCUGUUUCCCUCGUGGCAAUCAAUUCCUGCGCGAAUCCCUUCAUCUACGCGUUCAAGUACAGGCAGUUUAGACGAGCAUUUCUCUCUCUUGUCGGAAGAAGAAGAAGCCAGGACAAAGAUGGUACGGGGCCACUUAAGAAUCAAGUGACAACCGCAAAAGAUUGA